CGGAGAUGGAGACGGAGCAUGUGGCGGUCCCGGAGACCGAGCCUCCCGAAGAGAAUCCCAAAAGCCGCCCCCGGCCUGUCGACCGCCAUGGGCUGCUGCAGCACAGUCGCGAGUUCUUGGAUUUCUUCUGGGACAUCGCGAAGCCGCAGCAGGAGACGCGCCUGCAGGCCACGGAGAAGCUGCUGGAGUACCUGCGCGCCAGGCCCAAGGGGUCCGAGAUGAAGUACGCCCUGAAACGCCUCGUCGCCGGCCUGGGAAUCGGGCGAGAAACUGCUCGGCCCUGCUACAGUCUGGCCCUGGCACAGCUUUUACAGUCUUUUGAAGACAUCUCCUUGUGCAGCAUCUUAAAUCAAAUACAAGAGAAAUACAACCUGCAAAAGGUUAAGAAGGCAACGAUGAGAUCUGCUCUUUUUGCAAAUUUGUUUGGUGUACUAGCCCUCUUCCAGUCUGGUAGGCUAAUGAAGGACUCAAAGACACUGAUGAAAUCAGUGCAGCUGCUGCAGGCCCUAGCCAAGCACCCCAACCAUUUACAGGAGCAACCGCAGAAGGCCCUGGUGGAUAUUCUCUCUGAGGCACCGUUGGACACCCUGCAGGAGAUCAUGCCAAAGGUCCUCACAGGUGACAUAAAUUCAGUGCUGAGCUCUCCUGAGUAUCUGGCGCUCUUCAUCUUGGCCCGGCAGAAGAUUCCUGCAAAGCUUAAGAAGCUGAUGGGAUCAGUUGACCUAUUCUCAACUGAGAACAUCCCCAGGCUGGUAGAUGUGUUGAAGAUGGCAGCUGCCUCAGUUAAGAAGGAGCACCGACUCCCCAGUGUGGCCCUGGACCUGCUCCACCUGGCACUCCAAGAGAAUAAGUUCCCCCAAUUCUGGGAGAAAGUUAUCGAGCAAGGGCUACUUAAGAAGGAAUACUGGCCAGCCAGCUACAUGUGUUUCCGUCUCCUGGGUGCUGCCCUACCCCUGCUGUCCAAGGAGCAGAUGCAGCUGAUGAUGCAGGGAGACCUGAUCCGAUUUUAUGGCCUGCACGUGGUUACUGUCAAGCGACAACAGUACAGGUUUACUCCAGAGAUGGAUAAGUAUGUGAGUACCUUCCUGGAAGGCUGUCAAGAUGACUCUGAGCGGCAGUUGACUGCAGUGUUGGCCUUCACCUCAAUCACCCACCAGGGCCUGCCAAUCAUUCCUUCCAAUUGGCGUGUAGUGAAGUCCCUAAGCGCUCCUGCGCUUAGGGACUAUGUGGCCUGGCUUCGGGACAUGUUUCUCCAGCCCAACCUAGACUCUUUGGUAGACUUCAACACCAACAACCAGAAGAAAAACCAAGAUGCAUCUCUGUAUGGGCCUGAGCACAGUGUGUUCCGCCUACGGAAGUGGAUCAUCUUCCGCCUGAUCAGCAUUGUGGAAUACUUCCAUGUGGAGAAGGAGGACGACUUGUUGGAGGAGGUGGCUAGGUUUUGCAUCUUUCACUCAUUCUUCGAGACCAAGAAGCCAGUGUCACAUAUUGCAGAGACCCAGCAGCAGUUCUCCUUCCCUCUGGAUGCCCAGACCCGGGAGGUGGUCACCUCUGCCUUCUUCAGCCUGCUACAGACCCUCAGCACACACUUCAAGAUCAAAGCAGGUCAGGUCCAGGACAAGCGUACCUGGCUGUACCGCCUGGUGCAAUUUGCAGACAUGCUGCUGAACCACAGCCAACACGUGGUCCCCCUGAGGCCCUUCACGAAGCCACAGCGCCAGACUUGGGACCGGAUGCUGCAGACUCUGAAGGAGUUGGAGACACACUUUUCCAAUGCCACAGCUGACACCAGGCCCAAAACUAUUGCCUACCAGCACCUGCUCCUCUUGGUGGGCAUCCACCUCUUCAAGUCCCCUGACGAGAGUUGUGACCUCCUGGGCGACAUCCAGACCUGCAUCAUGAAGAGCCUUCGGGAGAAGGCCCAUCGGAAACGCUCUAAGACCACCGCCCCUCAGGAGCCAACGUGGGUGGAAGUGCUGGUGGAGAUCCUGCUUUCCCUUCUGGCUCAGUCCAGCCACCUGGUGCGCCUGGUGACCCGGCAUGUGUUUGGCCAUAUCUGCUCGCACUUGACCCCAAGGGCUCUGCAGCUCAUCCUGGAUGUGCUGCGUCCCAAGAAGAGCCAGGACGACGACGACGAUGAGGAGAAAGUGGUGGUCACAGACUAUUCCGAAGAAAAGCUGGAGGCUGCAGAGGCCCAGGAUUCCGACAGUGAGGUUGAACACAUGGGGAGUGACAAGGAGAGCGAGGAGAGUGAUGAGGAGAGUGACGAGGAAGAAAGAGACGGGGAUGUGGACCAGGGCUUCCGGGAGCAGCUGAUGGCAGUGCUGCAGGCUGGCAAGGCAUUGGGCGGUGAGGACAGCGAGGAGGAGGAGGAGGAAGAGGAUGAGCUGGGGGACGAGGCCAUGAUGGCUCUGGACCAGAGCCUCUCCAGCCUCUUUGCCGAGCAGAAACUGCGCAUCCAGGCCCGGAAAGACGAGAAGAGCAAGUUGAACAAGGAGAAGACACUCCGGCGGAACUUCCAGAUCAGGGUCCUGGAUCUGAUCGAGGUGCUGGUGACCAAGCAGCCUGAGAACCCCUUGGUCCUGGAGCUGCUUGAGCCACUACUGGAAAUUAUCCGUUACAACAUGCGCAGCAGCAGUAGCGCCAAGCAGGAGCAGGACUUCCUGCAUAAGACAGCUCGCAUCUUCACGCACCACCUGUGCAGUUCCCGAGAAUACUGCCGUGACUUGGACAGUGCUGUAGAGACACUGCAUCCCCGGGUGGCAUGGCUUGUGGAACAAGCUGGCCGUCAGCUGGACUCUUCCGUCUCCCUCUAUUACUUCAAUGCCUCGCUCUUCCUGCUCCGUGUCUUGAAGGGCAAUGCUAUUCACAAGGCCCAGGCAAAGACAACCAGUGCUGGUGACUCUACCAAACCUGAGAAACCUGAGGCUUCCAGCGGCUUGGACUUGAGCUUCCUGACCCCAGUCUACUCAUCAGCACUGACCGCCUUCCUGACCAAGCGCAACAGCCCCCUCACAGUUCCCAUGUUCCUCAACCUCUUCACACGGCACCCGAUGCUCAAUAAGAAUCUGCUUCCUGUUGUCAUCCGGCACCUCUCAGGCCCCACACGACCACGCCAGCAGGGCCAGGCGUGCCAGCUGAUGCAGAAGAUGCUGUCCAUGAGGGAGCUCAGGCUGUGCUUCAAGGAUACUGACUGGCAGCAGCUCAUCAGCCAGAUCCUGGCAAAGGUCACCGAGAACAUGCGUGUACUGGGCCAGUCCCAGAGCAAGAUGACACUGCAGAGGGAUCUCUCUUCCUUAGAACUGCUCAACACACUGUUGAAGAAAAUUCGGUGCGAGGAGCUGCCCACAGACCUGACUAGUAUCCUGGAUGUGCUGCGGAGCCAGCAGCCUGUCCUGCAGCAAAAGCUGCAGCAGGGAGAGCAUGCUACAGGGUCCAGUCGUCUCCAUGACCUCUACUGGCAGGCCAUGAAGUUCUUCGGAGUCGAGCGCCCCAAGUCAGAGAAGAAAGAUAACAAGGAAGCUCCCAGUGCUUCUGGGAACGCCAUUAGCACAAAGAGCAAGAAAAAGGGGUUCUUGCCAGAAACCAAAAAGCGCAAGAAACGCAAUGCAGAGAGGGUCACUCCAGAGAAUGCCACACCUGCAGCCUCCAAUGGGGACCAGGCCCCCAGCCCAGGGAAGAAGAGGAAGAGAAAGAGGAAGAAUAAGACAAUGGCCGAGGACCCAGCCAAGUCCCUGGUGAAUGGGGUACCUGAUACACAGAGUCCAGUCCCGGCCCUGCCCAUUGUGAACCCCAGAACUCCUGCCAAGACCCCAAAACAGCCAAAGAAAAAACAGAAGCUCUCUCAUGUAAAUGGAGGCUCUGCCCUCCCCCCUACAGAACCUGCCAAUGAAAAGCAACAGCAGCAGGAGCAGCAACAGAAGAAGAAGAUUAAGAAUAAACUGCCUGCAAAUGAAGUGUUGUCAAGCAAGUCCCCACAUUCUUCUCAGACCCAGAAAAAGGCAAGCAGGAGCACUAGUCUCCCUCAGAAUGGGGCCAAAAAGAAAGCUCAGCCAAGGAAGAACCAGUCCUGAAUGCAGGGUCUGCCUGUCAGAGCCCCACGGAACACAAAAUUGCCAGUU